GUCUAAAGACUUAAAAGUCUAUGACAAGAGCCACACUAUCUUUAUAUAUAAUGGUGAGUCCAAUUUGAACUUGCUUUGUGCUUUUGAGCACCAGAGGGAUGUCAGUAUUCUGUUUGAACUGCCACUUUGUGCUUGCCAUGGCAUCAUCAGGUCGCUGGACGGCGCUAGUCGGCAAGGCUGGAGCCGUUUCCAGGCCGGUAGUGAUGUAAGGCAGUACAGCUGUGCUAGGUGGCUAACACUGAGGCUAACCUCAGCGGAGAAAAUCACCGGACCCGUCAACAACCCACAUCGACAGACGCUUUAACACUCUUGACACGGAGAUGGGGAAAGGAGGAGGCACUUUCGAGAGGCUUCUUGAAAAAGCAACCAGUCAGCUGCUGCUGGAAACCGACUGGGAAUCCAUACUUCAAAUCUGUGAUCUUAUUCGACAAGGAGACACCCAAGCUAAGUAUGCUAUCGGAGCCAUCAAGAAGAAGCUGAAUGACAAAAACCCUCAUGUAGCCCUCUAUGCAUUUGAGGUGCUGGAGUCGGUGGUGAAGAACUGCGGGCAGACGGUUCACGAUGAGGUGGCGAGUAAACAAACUAUGGAGGAGCUGAAGGAGCUCAUCAAGAAGCAGACCGAACCAAAUGUCAGAAACAAGAUUCUGUACCUGAUCCAGGCCUGGGCGCAUGCCUUCCGGAAUGAACCCAAAUACAAGGUGGUUCAAGACACGUAUCAGAUCAUGAAAGUGGAAGGCCAUGUCUUCCCAGAAUUUAAGGAGAGUGAUGCGAUGUUUGCCGCGGAGCGAGCCCCAGACUGGGUGGACGCGGAGGAAUGCCACCGGUGCAGAGUCCAGUUUGGUGUUAUGACUCGGAAGCACCACUGUCGGGCCUGCGGACAAAUAUUCUGUGGCAAGUGUUCGUCCAAGUACUCGACCAUUCCGAAGUUUGGCAUAGAGAAGGAAGUGCGUGUGUGUGAGCCUUGCUUUGAGCUGCUGAACAACCACCCCUCCCUUUCUCCUCCUCUUAGAAAAGCCGAGGGGAAAGCCCAGUCGUCCGGCACUGCAGAACUGCCGCCCGAGUACCUGACCAGCCCGCUCUCCCAACAAUCACAAAUGCCCCCGAAGAGAGACGAGGCAGCGCUGCAGGAGGAGGAGGAGCUGCAGUUGGCCAUCGCUCUCUCCCAAAGUGAAGCUGAAGAGAAGGAGCGGAUGCGGCAGAAGGGCUCCUACACCAUGUACCCCAAAACUGAUCCCACCCCAGUGACUUCUUCAGCACCUCCCGUCAGCACCCUCUACACGUCCCCAGUGAAUUCUUCAGCUCCUUCAGCAGAAGACGUUGAUCCUGAGCUGGCACGUUAUCUAAACAGAACAUACUGGGAGAAGAAACAAGAAGAGGCUCGCAAAAGUCCCACCCCUUCUGCCCCGGCCCCCGUGCCACUGGCGGAGAGUCUUCCACCCAUCAGUCAGCCAGUUGAAAGCCACGCUCCUGUCCAGCCUGUCAACAUCGUGGAGCAGCAAUACCAGAAUGGGGAGUCAGAAGAGAACCACGAGCAGUUCCUCAAAGCGCUGCAGAACGCCGUCACGACCUUCCUCAACCGGAUGAAAAGCAACCACAUGCGUGGACGCAGCAUCACCAAUGACAGCGCAGUGUUGUCGCUCUUCCAGUCCAUCAACAACAUGCACCCGCAGCUGCUGGAUAUCCUCAACCAGCUGGACGAGAAGCGAUUGUAUUACGAGGGGCUGCAGGACAAGCUGGCUCAGGUCCGAGACGCCCGGGCAGCACUGAACGCACUGCGAGACGAGCACAGAGAGAAGCUACGUCGCGCCGCAGAGGAGGCUGAGAGGCAGCGGCAGAUCCAGCUGGCACAGAAAUUGGAAAUCAUGAGGCAGAAAAAGCAGGAGUACCUGGAGAUGCAGAGGCAGCUGGCUAUCCAGCGUCUUCAGGAGCAGGAGAAGGAACGGCAGAUGCGCCUCGAGCAACAGAAGCACACCAUUCAGAUGAGGGCGCAGAUGCCGGCGUUCUCUCUGCCCUACGCUCAGAUGCAGUCCUUACCCCCAAAUGUAGCAGGAGGCGUUGUCUAUCAGCCAGGAGCCCCCCCCAGCUACCCCGGUACCUUCAGCCCAGCAGGCUCUGUCGAGGGUUCCCCAAUGCACAACAUCUACAUGAGCCAGCCUGGUCAGACUGCGCCCCCGCAGUACCAGGCCAUGCCGCCUGCCCCACCCUCAGAUCCCAACAUGGUGAAUGCAUACAUGUAUCCGCCUGCAGGCACCAACGGGCAGCCUCCUGCUCCUGGUCAGGCUCCUCCCAACACUAGUCCACCCUACUCCAACUACCAGCCUACGCCUACACAAGGAUAUCAGCAGAAUGUGGUGUCCCAGGCUCAGAGUUUGCCUCCGAUGUCCCAGGCGGCUCCGACCAAUGGCAUGGCAUACAUGGGCUACCAGCCCUACAGCAUGCAGAACAUGAUCUCAGCAUUGCCUGGCCAAGACCCCAACAUGCCUCCUCAGCAGCAGUACAUGCCCGGCCAGCAGCCCAUGUACCAACAGGUGGCUCCUCCUGGUGGUCCACAGCAGCAACAGGCGCAGCAGCAACAGCAGCCCCCUCAGGCCGUGCCAGCCAGCGCCGAAGCCCAACUCAUCUCCUUCGACUGAGCGCUGCCGCCACACAGGGUCUGACACACUACAGCCUGUCCCCUCUCUCUGGUCUCCCUCUUCUCUCUGGACUCUGAGGACGACGUACCUCUCCCCUUCCAUCUCGCUGUGAUCUUGUGGCAAUGCGCGAAUAUUGUGGUGAUGUUGCAGAAACCCUCUUCACGCCAGCUGCACCGACACCUAACGUGUGGCUGGGGUCGAGGGGCCGACGCUGCUAGGAGGAGCAAUAUAACCACGACCCUCUCACUCAAUAACCCUCCUCUUGACAGCCGGUGUGUAUGUAGUAUUUCCUUCUUGAAUAACUUAAAUCAGAUCUAGUCAGUUGUAUUAUACUUUAAACCAAUAAUUGAUGAGGUGAAAAAUAAACCAUCAUGUUACAUAUUUUUUUAAUUAAAGGAACAGCAUGGUCAAUUUUAAUCAUUUCCUGGUAUGAACAUUUGCUGCCUGUUGUAACCGUGACUGAAAGAUGGCUGAAGAGAGGGAAGAAAAGCACAGUUGAAAGCCUAAAGUCAGCGUCACGAACUCACUCUUCUGUUUGGAGUCACAGUCAAACAUUCCAGUUCCACACUGCUAGCAAGCAUCACUUGCCAUUGUUUGAGCAUUUAUUUGUUGGAGGUCUGAAAGGAGUGUGUCGCUUACUGUUAGAGAGCUAGUCAUUUAAACAAACCUUACAUUUGAUAACAUGGCAGAUCAAUCUGGAAUUCAUCCGCCCAUCAUUUAAGAAGAGAAGAGUCAAAAAGAAGCUUAAAAAGUGCCUGUUCUCGCGUGUGUUAUAGAAUAUUUUCACGUGGCUGGAACAGUUUGCCUUCAACUGUAUUGACUCCAGAGAUGUCGGUGUUUUCCUACGAGGUGCAGCAUGUAUGUAUCUGAUUUCUGUAACUCUUCAUCCUUCAACUGUGAAGCUUUCUUUCAUCAUACUGAUCUGUCUGACUUUAAAGUAAUUUUAAAUUUAUAUUUAAUAAAUAUCUGGUUCUUAUUGCCCACCACA